GAGAGAGAGAAAAGUGUCAGGAAAGGGUUUCGUCUUUCGUUUUUUUUUUUGUUAAGUGCUAAGUUUACCGUUAUCAACAGUUUAAAUUAGUUGAACUUUGGGGGGAGGCGACAAAAUUUAUUUCAGAGUAGAAAAGAGGGCGCGACGUAAGAAGUUUGAGAAACACUGGUCUAAUUGAAGUAUGUGGAGAAGUAUCUACGUACGUGUUAGAUAUACACGACUGUUCAUUUUAAGUUUAAUACCAGCGUAUUAUUUUGUUUAUUGUGCUAAUGGUAAAGUUAGUUACAUUUAGAAGCGAAAGUUAUGGCAAGUUUGUUUACAUAACUGUGUAGAAUUAUUUGUUAUGUAGUUUAAUUGUUGUGAAUUGACGUCACGUUACUCGAGCCUUUUGUAUUUUUCACGUUGCUUUAAUCAAGUUAACACUAACAUGGAUACUUUGCUGAUUUGGACUGUCCUUGCUGCUAUCUUCGUCCAGUGUAGUUGUGUUCCGACACCUGAAGACGAUAAAAAGAAUGACCGUUUUGCUAGAGUGUGGUCAAAGUUAACAAUGAGUUUGCUCUCUCACUCUUUAAUUCACUGGAUAAACCGAACAAUGUUUUUAUCUCCCCUUGGAGCUUGUCCGUAUCUUUAGGUAUGGCUUAUCUAGGUGCUGCUGGCGUUACUGCUCGGGAAAUGGAGAAUGCCUUGGGUUAUCGAGCUUCAGGAAUCGAGGGAGAAUCAGUUCACAAAGGCUUUAAAACGGAACAGAGUAGGUUGAACAGCAUACAGGAAAAGUACGAACUUAGCAGUAUAAAUGCAGCCCUUAUUCAGAAUGGUUAUACGAUCUCGCAGUCUUACAUAGAUGGGUUAGAACAGUAUUACAAAUCCGCAAUUAAAGAGGUCAACUUUACAGAUUCAGUGUCCGUGCUAGAGUGGGCAAAUGCAUGGGGAUACUGGGCUUCCCAUAGUAAGAUAAACAAUCUACUGUCAGAGAAACUGCCAGAAACCACUAAGAUGAUCUUGUUGAAUGGAGUUUAUUUCAAAGGGAAAUGGUUGAAACCGUUUGACCCUAAAAACACGCGCGAGGAAGUUUUCACCAACGAAAACGGUCAAGAGGUCGUAAUUCCUGUUAUGCAUGGGACUUUCAAUACACCCUAUGCAGAAUAUGCACAUCUCAGUACAUAUGCCAUAAGCUUCCCGUAUGUAGAUGAGGAUAUGAGUAUGAUAGUGCUUCUUCCAUCAGAGAUCAGUGAUCUAAAGUCUUUGGAAAAAGGACUCACGACAGCCAUAUUGGAUGACAUCUUAUCCCAGAUGGAAACUCAAGUGGUAAAAGUUGGCUUACCUAAGUUUGAAUUAAAUGAUAAUCGUAACUUAAAAAAAUCGUUAAAGUCUCUAGGUAUGGAAUCAACGUUUACCGAAAUCAACGCUGAUUUUUCUGGGAUUACCGGGAAUCGUGAUUUAUACCUAGAAGAGGUCCUUCACCAAGCCGUCAUCCAAGUAAACGAGGAAGGGACGACAGCGGCUGCAAACACCGUCAUUCAACUCGACAACAGACGUAAAUCCCUCGAACUGAUUAUUAAUCGACCCUUCCUCUUCUUGAUCCGAGACAACCGAAGUGGCCUCAUUCUUUUUCUGGGGCGAGUCGCUCAGUUAAAGUGAUGUUGAAUUGAAUUUCAUUAAAUUAUCUAACUUUGUACCUUAUUAAUAAUUCAUAAUUUGUGUUCAAUAACUCUAACAUUUCUUAAAUCAAUGUGAGAAAUGUUAUACCUUGAAGAUGAGAAACACGAAAACCUUGUAGAAAUCUGAAAAAAUCAACAACAAAAAACAACAGAAAACGUCUUUAGAUCUAUGUGCAUCGUAAGUGAUUUUGAAUAAAUUUAAUAAUUUGUCUCUUGUUUUAACAAAUUUUACUUGAAAAUGUAUGUGUAGUUAGUAGUUAAAUUGGAUCGGUUUCUAAAGUACUUAUCCAUAUGAAUUUUAAAUAAAACAAAUGUUGGAGGCAAUAAAUCAGUAACCUGCCGUUACUAA